CUUGGCUGUCACGAACCACACCACAUAGAGAGAGAAACAAAAAAAGCUAGAGAGAGAAACAAGGGUAUCGUUUACGAACAACAAGAAACUCUGGAUUCCACCUCUUCCCGUCCUUCGAGACGGUGGUUACGCUGCUUGCUCUUCAGGCUGGUCUGGGUUUGAAUCUAAAAGGUUGUGAUUUGUAUCUCGAGACAUGGAGGGAGUUUGUUUCUCAACAAAUGGCUACCAGUUUCUGUUUUUUGCAUUCCAAGAAGUGCUUGAUUGGCGGUUUUUCAUCCUUGGAAAUUUCCUUCCGGUUUCCUUUGUUAAUUGCACUUAGUGUUCUGUUCCUCGUUAAUGAUCAGCACAGGGUGCGUGAUGCUAGUUUCUUCUGAUACAGGUGCUGCAUCUUUAGUGCACUUAUGCAAUGCAUUGCUGACCCAACAUUCAGUUAUAUCCUCUGGUAAAUCCUCUUCUGGGGGAUGAAGUAUAUCGAUUGGUGACUGAAUAUUGGAUUCUGCGUGCAUCUUUGAGUGAAGCAUUUGCAUUGAUUCAGUACAGAUUGUAGUUAUCGUUUCGUGGUUACUCUUGAUGGGUAUUGUUGCUGACAAUACAUCCUUUACCUGAAGGUUCUGAAACAAAUCUUACAGAAAUUAGAUGAAUUAGAUAUUAUCGUAGUCCUGAAGUCUUGGGUCAAGGUGGUUUUAGCUAUUGGUUGAUGCUAUUGCUUUGAUCAAUCGGUUUGGUGGGACCUCAGAAGUGUCAGUAUGAUAUCUGAAAGUGCUGCUUUGUAUUCCAAGGGCGCAAUGGAGAGGUACACGAUAAUUAAGGAAGUUGGUGAUGGAACGUUUGGGACUGUCUGGAGAGCUAUAAAUAAGCAAACUGGUGAAGUUGUUGCAAUCAAGAAAAUGAAGAAGAAAUAUUACUCUUGGGAGGAGUGUGUAAACCUGAGAGAAGUCAAGUCAUUACGAAAAAUGAACCACCCAAAUAUUGUUAAGCUGAAGGAAGUUAUUCGAGAAAGUGACAUUCUGUACUUUGUUUUUGAGUAUAUGGAAUGCAACCUUUACCAUCUUAUGAAAGAUAGGGAAAAGCUGUUCUCUGAAGGUGAAAUUAGAAAUUGGUGUUUUCAGGUUUUCCAAGGUCUUGCUUACAUGCACCAGCGUGGAUACUUCCAUCGCGACAUGAAACCUGAAAACUUGCUGGUUACCAAGGAUAUUAUAAAAAUUGCCGAUUUUGGCCUAGCCCGAGAGAUCAGCUCACAACCACCCUACACUGAGUAUGUCUCCACACGAUGGUAUCGUGCUCCUGAAGUGCUGCUUCAGUCUCAUCUAUAUAACUCCAAAGUUGACAUGUGGGCAAUGGGUGCUAUAAUGGCUGAGCUGUUAUCUCUCCGUCCUCUGUUCCCAGGAGUCAGUGAAGCGGAUGAGAUUUACAAAAUAUGUGGUGUGAUAGGCAGUCCAACCAUUGAAUCAUGGGCUGAUGGACUGAGACUUGCAAGGGCUAUUAACUAUCAGUUUCCACAGCUUGCUGGUGUACAUCUUUCUGCAUUGAUCCCAUCUGCAAGUGAUGAUGCAAUUAGCCUAAUCACAUCACUUUGCUCCUGGGAUCCCUGCAAGAGGCCAACAGCUUCAGAGGCCCUUCAACAUCCUUUCUUCCAGAGUUGCUUUUACAUUCCUCCAUCCCUUCGCACCAGAGCAGUAGCGAGAACUCCUCCACCUGCUGCAACUAGAGGGGCACUGGAUCAGCAGGGGGCUAAGAGAUACUCCGGUGUUUUGCCUAAUUCAAAGCUGACCAAUAAUUUUUCUUCUCUGAAAGUGCAUCCUUCCUUAGUUUCAGGUGUCCAACGGAAGCUGGAUAUGGUAAAUCAGGAUGGAAUGAAGAAAGAGAAUUCGAUGAAGACUUCGAUACAGUCAAAAUAUCGACAGCCAGGGAAGGACAGUCCAAUCACUAUGGUUGUGUUAGCAGCUUCUAUGAUCAAAGGGAGGGGGGUUUCCGAGACUACCGAGAGGUUGGCCAAUAUGUCUGUUGGUACUCGGAGACAGUCCAUGGGGCAAUCCCGUCCUCCAAUGAAGGCUGGAGGAGUCAAUUGGAUUUCUGAAUCUGGAAACUUCAUGCUCAGGCCCGCACAACAGAUUCCAACUGGAAGAACCUUCACAAGAAAAGUUGCCGGAUGAAACCUCAAUGUUGUGAAUGUCCUUUACAAGUAUUAAAAUAAAUGUCGGUUUUGACAUAUUCUGAUUAUGACUCUGCAAGUCUUAAACUGCUCAAACUAGUAUUGUUUGGCGUUGUUUGUAAUCGUUUCGUACUAUCUAUUGUAUUAUUGGGCGUAGAUGGCUUUGCUUAUACUUAUGCUGAUGCCUUUCUAGUUAUAUAUAUGCGAGCUUGUGAUUGAAGGUUUCCCCUA